AUGAUUCAACUAAAGACGAUGCUAAAUUGCAUCGACAACUCUGGUGCCGCAGUUGUCGAGUGCGUGAACGUCUUGAAGAAGAAGCGGCCCGCAACAGUUGGUGAUCGGAUUGUGGUUGUCGUCCAGAAACAGCGAAACUUCGGCCCCGAGAGCGCAACGAGUAGUGGUAUCGCAAACAAGGUCCGUCGAGGAGACAUCCGACACGCCGUGGUUGUUCGCGCAGCAAAGCAGAUGCAACGACCUGAUGGAUCGAUUUUGAAGUUUGACGACAAUGCCUGUGUCUUGAUCAACAAGUCGGGUGAUCCGAUUGGAACCAGAAUGAACGGUGUCGUGGCUACGGAAUUACGAGGAAAGCAAUGGUCGAAGAUCUUGUCGUUGGCGCCCUUGCAUGUGUAA